AUGCAGAGCGAUACAGAACGACGCUACGUUCUGAGGUCCACCUUCACCGCCUUCACCGACUCUAUUUCAGCUCUCGCAUUUUCCAACGACGGAAAAUUUCUUGCAGCGUGUUCUAGAGAUGGACAGACCGCCAUAUUUCGGACAGGCAAUAGGCCCAAGCUUGUUGCCUCUUUCAUGAAUACCGACAGCCCUCCCUUGGUCGUAGUUUGGGGCAUAGGCUCCGAAAUUAUCGUCGGACUAGAAACCGGGGCAGUUAUCCGAUAUCCCAACGCCACUCAGGCCACCCAUCUGCCUCUCCCCUGGAAAAGGUCUGCUGGGGGAAACUCGCAUGAACUAUUCGACAUAGGCAAGCCGAUCCAGAGUCUUACUUUUCACGCAGAGACGAAGAGACUCUUUGUUGGAAUCGGGCCUAACGUCAACGUGUACCGGCGUCGUAGCAGUGAUCAAUGGGUUUUCGUCUCUGAGAUCCCGGAGCCACCGGCUGAAACAAGAUAUACCCGAGUACAGCAUGACCAAGAAAUUGUCCCUUCUGCAAUCCUGAUUCCUCUGUGGCUAGACCAAGUGAUUGUGUGCUAUCAAAAUGAUGGAAUUCAUGUUUGGGACCUUCGCGAUGACGGCAAAGACGUUCGGUGGCUAUGGAACAUCGCGCCUCUCAAUAGAAUGCAAGUGGAUACAUCCUCUGCUGCGUUGUCGCCCGAUAGUAUCCGCAUCGCAGCAUGGAAUGUUAGUGACGGUCUCGACUUGUACUCUGUUCGUCGUGCGAACAAGGAACAAGUAGACACCAUCAGCAUCACAUCUCCCACCGUUUCGCAGCUCAACGUCAUGUUGGAUAUUCGAUGGGUCCAUAGUGGCAAGGAGGUUCUCGUGGGCAGCAAUAUUGGGAAGCCGUUUAUCGUAAAUCCCGAUACCAAACAGAUUGUUCAAACUCUAACGCAUUCUCGAGUGAAAGCCAAUACGUCCAUCAACGCCUACUGGUCGGGCGGAAACCAGCACUUCAUCGCUACAGGAGAUCGAGAUAUGGGACGAGAGACAUCAGUCAAGUUGUGGUAUACUACUCCUCCUGGCAGGUGGGGGAAGGUCUUCAACUGCACGUCGAUUGCUUUGAACUCGGAGCUUUACUGGUGGCUGCUCCAUAUCCUCCUAUUGUGCACGAUCAUCGACCGGAUGACGAUUAGUCCGUUGCUACACCUCGCCAUGAUCGGGACCAUAAAAUUGAUGGGCAACGCUGGUCAAGCUCUCUCUGACUGGGCUAAUGAUGGUACUCGGCCGCUCCCUUCACCUUUGUUUUCUGAAGCUCCCAGUAACACAGUCGAAGUUGCUGUCACGCAGUCCGCUAUCGUAUCCGAGAGUACACCGACCGCGAUCAGCACUACGGCCACCGAUUUGUUCUCGCAGAUCUCCGUGACUCAGGUUGUCUCUUUCGAUGACACCCAGGCCACUGUCCUUUCAAACCUGAAUACUGGAACUUCUUCGACACUUCUGAACACCUUAUCCCAACCUACAUGUUCAUUGGGAGAACAAUGUGGCGGCAUCGGUUCCAUGUAG